AUGUCGAGUGAUGAUUCAUCGGCCACCUUGUUGGAAGAUGGGCUAGGAUCAGAGCAGCGGACAGUCAUCAUCCAGAAGACACCGAGGUGGAUGUGGUACACACACGCCGCGCUUUUCUCGAUAUCAGCGGCAUUCUUCGUGUCCAGCUGGUUCGGUCAACCAACGGAGGAUAUGUUCGUUGAAAAGUUCUCGGCAUGGUCACCGGCUUCUGAAGCAGUCCGAUAUGAGAAUGUUCAUUUCAAUAUAACAAAGGGUGCACUCUCAUCUGCGUACCAGGGAAUGGGCGACGACGUAGACGAGGCGUGGAACGGCCUUUCAUUCGACAUCGGCGACCAGAUGGUAUCACACGAGCAAAUGAAGGCGCUGGGAAAGCCCAUGAAUUCUCUGGGUGUAACAGAUCUGCGUACUGGAGAACAUGGCUUCCGGAUUGGCCUGGAAGUGUUUCAUCAGCUCCACUGCUUGAAUCUUCUUCGGAAGGUGACAUAUAAAGACCACUACGAGUCGAAGGGCGGUGAUCUUUCUGACCCACCCGAAAAGCUUCGUAUGCAUCUAGACCAUUGCAUUGAGAUCCUCCGCAUGAACUUGAUGUGCUCAAGUGACAUCGGAGUCUUCACCUUUGCGAUGCUUCCCGAAUAUGACGAUCCUUGGCCCGAUUUUAACACCGACCAUGUUUGCAGAAAUUUCGACGCCAUCAAGGAGUGGGCGAUCGAAAACACCGUCGCUACAGACAACAUUUAG